AUGGCUGCUACACUGCUAGGGGAGGAGCCGCGGUUGGGCAGCACCCCGCUGGCCAUGCUGGCCGCCACCUGCAGCAGAAUCGGCGAGCCCAGCCCCUCGUGUUCCCCUGCUCUCUCUGAUGGAGCCCCGGGACUCGUCAAGGGCUUUCACCCUUGGAGAGGGGGCGCCCCGGGCGCCAGUGGCUUGGGAGUCUGUCUCACCUCGCUCGGGGUGCCCUCUGGGACCUCCAGGGGCACCGGACUGACGGAGACCUCCAGCGCUUUCUCGGUGACCUCUGUCAACUCUCCUUUUGGAAAUGAUCUUUCGAUGUAUCACACCGCUGCGUCAUCAGACAGCAAUGGUUCAGAUCCUACACACGCACAGCGGUCUGUGUUUCUGACCAAAUUCCCCUCCUCGGUGGAUGGCAUUGCGGGGAUAUAUCCCAGGAUGCACGCGCAUCCCUAUGAGUCAUGGUUCAAACCCGUGGGAGAUGUCGGUAACGCGUCUUCUUCUUGGUGGGACAUGGGCACCAGCUGGGUGGACACACAAACCCCGGGCGGGUUACCCUCUCCCCUGAGCGGCUACAGCACUGACUACAGCUCCGCAUUCAGCCCCGGUACUUCCCAGCACCUGCUCCCCGCCGCACAGCACCUGUUUGACGGCUUCAGGCCACCUGUUCCGGCUCCCUACACAGAGUCUACGACCACGGGGGCACCUGCGCUAACAGGAACCCCCGUCGUCUCUCUGACUGCAUCUUCCCGCUCCUCCUCACGGCGUUACUCCGGCAGAGCCACAUGUGACUGCCCAAACUGCCAGGAGGCGGAGAGCCUUGGCCAGGGGGGCACGAGCCCGCGUCGGAGGGGCCUGCACAACUGUCACAUUCCGGGUUGUGGUAAAGUCUACGGCAAGACCUCUCACCUGAAGGCCCACCUGCGCUGGCACACCGGUGAGAGGCCAUUUGUCUGCAACUGGCUCUUCUGCGGGAAACGCUUCACGCGCUCCGACGAGCUUCAGCGGCAUUUGCGCACACACACCGGGGAGAAGCGAUUCGAGUGCGCGAUUUGCCACAAACGGUUCAUGCGCUCGGACCACCUCAGCAAGCACGUGAGGACGCACAGCGCGGAGGGCUCAGAGGACAACCUGGAACCGGGACUCGGUAAAGGGAACAGCGACACGGACAACAGCCUGCCCGGUAGUCCGAGCCAGUCUCCUGGGCUGCUUGUGCGCGAGACUGUCCAAACCAGCGAGGGACAGAGAGCGGUGGAAUAAUUUACAGAGAUCAAUAUGAACAACACGUGGACAUUUGAUUACACUGCACCUGCCUGUAUGGAGAGUGAUUUCCU